CUUUCGUGACGACCAUGACUCCUUCUGUCCCCAUAACGUCGAUGUGCGUCCUCUUGUGGGCGGCACUGGUGGUCUUCUCCGACGCACAGUCUACCGAACGGAACGAAGUGAGGGCCGACCGCCAUCAGAUUCUAGACGGUCUCGUGGCGACGGACUUCCCGUAUGCCCUGGACGUUUGCCAAUGCAAGUUGAACGACAGUCUGCGGGUGGAAGUACGGAACCAGAAGAUUCAGGAGGGACUUCUCAGUCAGGUACCAGCGUCUCUCGCCGAAGAGGCAGAUCCUCAUUUAACCUUUCAUCCGCUACCGAUGCAAGAACGACCGAAUGUAUGA